AUGGCCUCCUGUUCGAGGGGCUACGGCCUCGGCCGCGAUAUCCUCCUCCUGCUGCCCCGAUCCGCCGGCAGCGCGAACUGUUUCCAACCCUGUGCGACACGGAUAUACCAAGCGCGCCGAACGAUACGAUCAAUACGCACCUUCGAGACAUCAGCCCACCUCCACGCCAAACAGAAACACGCCCCCUCGGGCAACAAGCAGAAACCAGCCCCGAAGAAGCCACCUCCGCCGACCCUCCCAUACCAGCCAACAAAAGGAACACCAGCCGCCGCGGCAGCAGCCACGGCAAAACAAAACGCCGUCGCCCUGUCCGUCGCCGAGCGUCUUGCCCAGCGCGGCGCGCCCACGGUGCUGUACGAGGGGCCGUCGCACUUCUGGCUGCGCGCGUCGGGGCUGUCGGCGUCCGUCUUCUGCAUGGGCUACGUGGGCGUGCACUACUGGAGCAUCAUGGUGCACCCGCCCGAGGGCCUGCCGUGGUGGGUGCCGCACGCCUUCGUGCCCAUCCUGAUGCUCAUGGGCUACUUCGGCGGCCACUUCGCCCUGGGCGCCGCCAACAUCGUCAGCUCCAUCAGGGCCGUGCCGCGCGACUCCCUGCCGCGGUCCUACCUGACCGGCGGGACGGCCAAAAGUCGCUCUAAGGCCGAGGAGAGGUCGCUCGUCGCCCUCAACGCCAGCCCCGUCGCCCUCGAGGUCGCCCUCAGCCAGAUGCUGCCGCUGCUGCCGCCCAAGAAGAUCGUCGUCGCGCCCGAGGAGGUCGCGCUGCCCUUCAAGAUGCAGUCUACGCCUGUGGGCAGGGGAGAAACGGCCGCCGCGCGCGCAUCGGGGCGCAGUGGCGGUGUCAUGGACAAGAUUGCGGCGCCGUUUGAGGCGCUCGGCAGGGCGGUCAAGGGGCCCUUCAGCGGGAUCGUGAGGGGCCUGACGCGAGAGGGCUUUGCGAAGAUCCAGGUCAAGGGCGACAAGUACAAGAUCGACGUUUUGGGCGGGAAGGUGCUGGAGGAGGGCAAGAUACUGGAUCACCUUGUGGCCUACCGGCCCGAUAGAGUCUCGAGUGGGUUUAAGCUAUGGUAG